CGCGCACACACAUCAGUAACAAAAUGUUUAUCCUUUUCAUCCAAUUUCCUUCUGGCCAGUCAGUUUACUUACUACUACUCUCCUCCCCUUUUCCUUACUUCCUCCUUUUUCUCAAUCAAGAAACCCUCUCCCUCUCCAUCCAACCCUUUUCAGGUCUCUUUCCAUUCAUCUCUGUUUUUGUUUUAGAUUCACCUGUUAUUCCCUCCCUCUUGCUUUCUUGUUUUACCCACAUCCUCAAGAUUGGAUUUUCACUUACUUCUGCCUGCCCUCUUACUUCUCUGCCUCUAACAUUUUGGUUUUUGUUGGUGAUCAGGUCCCAUCGUUCUUGUAUCUAUAGGAUGGUGAUGGUUGCUGUAUAUUGUUGGUGCAAAGGAGUUUACGUUGAUUGAGCAGAAUCCUAGAGCCGCUACAUUGAAUCUUGAAUCGCAGUGAGGUUGGAUAUGAAUUGAGAUCAUUUGUUGGAAAGGAUUGACUGACACUCAACUGCAUCAGUUCACUCAAAUGCCUUCUGGAGACGUAUGUUGAUUUCCCAUAUAUGUCACAGUGGAGAUAUUUACCCUUAGGUAAUAGUUUCAGGCUUCGACACUCUUGAAUAAGAUGGGAAGUAAUGGUGGUGAGCGCAUAAAGGUUCCUGCAAAUGACACAGCUGAAUGUUCUGAAACUACUGUUGAGAUAAAGAUCAAGACAUUGGAUUCUCAAACUUUCACAUUGCGAGUGGAUAAAUGCGUGCCUGUUCCUGAAUUGAAGGAACAGAUUGCAUCUGUAACUGGUGUCCUCUCUGAGCAACAACGCCUUAUAUGCCGUGGUAAAGUUUUGAAGGACGACCAGCUUCUCUCAGCUUAUCAUGUGGAAGAUGGUCAUACGCUACACCUUGUCGUGAGACAACCGGUUGCUUUAUCGUCAGAGCUGUCUGAUCAUGCAGCAACUGAUCCAGCAUCAAGUACUGGGCUCAAUCUGGGCAAUCGUGUAGGUCCCGGUAUGGUGGUUGGAACCUUCAAUAUAUCGGAGCAGGGUGAUGGAGCUUUUCCUGAUCUAAAUCGGAUUGUUUCCGCUGUACUUAAUUCUUUCGGAGUUACAAGAUAUGGAAGUGGCAGUGGAGCGAUUGAUCUUAAUCAACCUCUGCUGGAACAUCUGUCAACAGCACCUGGCGUCAGUAGUACCAGAAAUUUAAGCAGACUGCAAUCUGACCAAGCAGCUUCAGUAGCAGUUCCUGUGGAAGCUCUGCAGUCACCGAUUAUACCCGAUUCAUUGACUACUUUGUUACAGUACUUGAGUCACUUGAGACAAGAAUUUCUUGCCAACGAUGGAGGGCAGAGUGCAAUCGCUCGAAAUGCUGGUUCUUUUGAGAGUGAUGGGCAUGACUUAGAAGCUGCUGCUCAUUCUAGUGACCCCAGAGGACUUCUGACACCUGAGUCCUUGGCAGAGGUGAUAACAACCACCAGACAACUGCUUCUGGAGCAAGCUACUGAGUGCUUACUGCAACUUUCAGGACAGCUGGAAUCUCAUUCAAGUGUGAUGGAUCCGUUGGAGCGGUCAAGAAUUCAAUCAAAUGCUAUAAGAUCAGGAGCUCUUUUUCAAAAUUUAGGUGCAUUGCUGCUUGAGCUUGGUAGGACAAUAAUGACUCUGAGAAUGGGUCGAGCACCGGCUGAUGCGCUGGUGAAUGCAGGGCCCUCUGUCUUUGUAUCCUCAACAGGGCCUAAUCCUAUCAUGGUUCAGCCGCUGCCUUUCCAACCAGGAGCAACUUUUGGUUCAGUUCCUGUUGGCACUGUUCAGCAUGGCUCUGGUUUAGCUGGAGGUUCUGCUGGUACAGGGUUUCUCCCAAGAAAUAUUGACAUCAGAAUACGAGCAGGAUCAUUAUUUCCUCGAAGAGAGCCAACUAGUUCACAACCUCAGGGGCAAGUUGCUCCAAUAUCUGCCAAUAGUGUAAAUUCAGGUCAACAAGAUGCUGCACCGCUUGAUCGAAAUGUACACAACAGGGAACCACAAUUGAGAGCAAUUCCUAUUAGAACUGUAGUUGCUGCAGUCCCCACUUCUGUUGGUCGUGGUUCAGAUUCAUCUCGUGGUUCAAUAGGUAUCUUAUAUCCAGUUUUGGCAAGAGUUCAACAUGUAUCUUCAGGAAAUUCUAGUGGUACAAGAGCAUCGCAGGCAUCGGACCGCACUGAACAACCUAUUCCUGAUUCUGCAGCUGAACAGCAAAACUUAUCUGGAGGGAAUGGCAACAAUAAUGUACCUUCUGAAGCACUUAAUGAUCAAGGAUUCUCUGGCCGGAUCAGAGGAGGACUUGAGCAGCUGCUAAGUACAAUAUUCCCAGGGGAGCAUAUCCUCAGUGAUGAUGCGUACCCCCAAGGUUCAGGUUCUUUUCCUGGCCAUUCUGGAGCGGCUCAAGAUAUUAGUAGUUCUCAGGAGUCAGCAUCAAUAGUGAGUGGUGACGGGAUACUUUUAUCUAACAUACUGCGUCAGAUAAUGCCCAUACUCUCUGAGAGCAGUCAAGCUGAGUCAAACUUGCCAUCUACUGAAGGAGCAAUCUCUGAUGAAACGCAGGUUGAUGGCAAUCCAGAUCGGAUUGCUUCUCCUCAUCAUCGGCGAGGACCCGACUCACCACCAAGUUCAAAACGUCAGAGGAGGGAGUAAGCUCAAGGGGAUAUCCACAUGUAUUCAUGCCGGUUGCUGCAGCGAAAACCUUUUGGUGGAAGAGAUGCUCUGAGUCUGAGAUGACCAAAAUGUCCAUUGGUGAGAUAUAGAUGAGUCUGAAUGACUCGGCAGCAGCUAAAGAUAUUAGUGAUAUAUGAUAUAGGAGUUACAGAGAGUCAUAUAUAGUUGCUUUUUUAAUUCUUUCAUCACCUUCCUUGACUUUCUCAAUUCUUAAUUUAUUAGCUUGGUUCACUGGGAAUCAAACACGGUAUGUGUGUAUACUGCACACACUCAUUCAUCACAAUCAUGGUUAGUAUUUGUCAAUUAUCUAUGCACCAAGUCAAAUAUUGAAUAAAAUAUGGGAUGCGGAUGAAAUACUUGGCCUCAUACCAUCAUGAUUCAUCAGUCCA